CACCACCACUCUCGCCCUGAUCAAACCCUUACCCUGGAUCUCAUUCCCUACUGGUCCCAUGAAUUCCAUUUCUUCUCCUUCGAUCCCGAUGAAUUCUCAUUUCCGAAUGCGCUCGUGGUCGACAACGGCCUUGAUCUCCUUGAUGACCGGGGGAACCAAGUCAAUUUCGUCAUCAAUCUCCUCCCCCAGCGCGUCGAGCAAUUCCAGUGAUGUUGAGGUAGAUGUUGGUGGUGAUGAUGAUGAUUUCCCUGUGGAGAGGAGGGUUGAGAGGAGGGUUUCAGGUUUGGCUUCUAGCGGGGCUACCUCCACUGUUGGUGGGGUUGAAGUCAAACUUGAACCCCACAGGGAAAGUGUUAGGCUGGUUGGCUUUGAGUCAGAUUCAGAGGACGAUGACAAUGGGGCUUUGGCUGUAGAUUUGAAUUUAGGUGAUGAGUAUGGUAUGGAUCAUGUUGAUGGUUAUGAUGAGGAUGAGAUACUAAGAGAUACAGUAGGGUUUUUUUUUUUUUUUUCAAUUUCUUUGUGACAGUUCCCCUUUCUUUGUAUUCUGUUUGAUUUUAAAUGAAAUUAUUUGCAUCUUUAACCUCCUUUUUUUUUUUUAGAAAGAAAAUUGCAAAGAAUGAUAAGGGAAUCCAUUGAUUUUGAAUGAAAUAUUUUGCAUCCG